GUCUGAAUGAGCUGCAAAGAAGCGCACAGCUUGUAUGAGAACCGGAGAAUUUCUGCUUGUUAAGAUCAUCAUUUUUGGUCUGGAGAGGAGAUAAAGUAACAAUGGAGUCGACCCAAUGGUGUGAAGAAAUCACUGAGAUGGUGUGCUCAGAGUCAGAUCUGCAGGAUGGACAAAUGAAGGAGGUUGAGGUGGGUUGCCAGAAAAUUUUGGUGGUGCGCAAUAAGGGAGAAUUUACUGCUGUGGGUGGUCUGUGCACUCAUUAUGGUGCCCCACUUAUCAAAGGUGCAUUGCUUGGAGAUCGAGUCCGGUGCCCUUUUCAUGGGGCAUGUUUUAAUACAAAAACGGGAGAUAUUGAAGAAUUCCCUGGACUGGACUCUCUGCCCAGGUACAAGGUCAAAGUUGAGGAUGGUAAAGUUUACGUGACUGCUGACAAACGGAAACUGAACAAGCGAGUUAAGAAAAUGUGCGGUAGAGUGCUCGCAGUCAGUUACACUGUUGUUCUGAUUGGAGGAGGCCCAGCUUCCUUGCAAUGUGCAGAAACCCUUCGUCAGAAUGACUAUGGAGGGAGAAUUAUAAUGGUUACCAAAGAUGAGCAGCUACCUCUGGAUAAGACCAAGCUUAGCAAGGCCAUGAAUAUUGAAAUUGACAAGAUACUGCUACGGCAGAGUGACUUCCUUCAACAGUAUGGAAUCGAAGUGUGGACUAAAAAGGAGGUGAUGUCUGUUGACACAGAUGCAAAAACAGUUACUUUCAAAGAUGGGACAAUCCAACACUACGAUCAGCUUUUGAUCUCUACAGGUGGCAGUGCCAGACCACUGCAGUGUCCUGGUGCUGAGCUACAAAAUGUAAAAUUGCUGCAGAACUAUAAUGAUGCCAUUGAAAUUCACCAAAUGAGUGCAGGCAACAGGGCAGUAAUCAUCGGAACUUCAUUCAUAGGAAUGGAGGUGGCAGCUUAUCUGUCUGACAAGGCAGCCAGUGUCACGAUUAUUGGCAACAGUAAGUUUCCUUAUCAGGCAUCACUGGGUCCAGAUAUUGGAAAAAUGACUAUGCAGAUGUUGGAGGAGAAAAAUGUGAAGUUCUACAUGAGUAACGGUGUGACUGAAAUACGAGGUCAAAAUGGAAAGGUCAAGGAAGUUGUUUUGAAACAUGGUGAAGUCCUACCAGCGGAUAUUGUAAUUGUGGGCAUUGGUGUCAUCCCAAACUCUGAUUUCCUUAAGGAAACAUCGGUGGAAAUUGAUUCACGAAAUGCUGUUGUCGUUGACAAGUUUAUGAGAACCAACAUUCCCGAUGUCUUUGCUGCUGGAGAUGUGGUCUCCUUUCCACUUCCUCUAGUAGGACAUAAGAGGAUCAAUAUUGGACACUGGCAGUUGGCACAAGCUCAUGGAAGAAUUGCUGGCUUAAGCAUGCUAAAACAACAGGUUCCGAUAAAUACUGUACCAUACUUCUGGACCAUGCUGUUGGGGAAAAGUAUCCGAUAUACAGGCUAUGGAGAGGGAUACACUGAGAUUGUUUUCAAAGGAAGUACUGAGGAGAGAAAGUUUUUGGCAUUUUAUAUAAAAGGUGAAGAAGUUGUUGCAGCUGCCAGCUUGAACUUUGAUCCUGCUGUCUCAAAGUUGGCAGAAAUGUUAAAGAUGGGGAAGAGGAUCUCUAAGGCUCAGGCGCAAUCUGAUGACCUCAGCUGGUUGCAGCUCCCUUGAAGGUGUCUGUAACACUUGCCUUCAUUUAAUUUGAAUGUCUUACCUAUAGCUUAUCUUUAGUAGCAGCUUGGUACUCUUUCGUCUCGUCAAACAUUUUUCUUUUCAUGUGAACUUCUUUGCUUCCUUCUUUGUUUUGAAAGAGUAGAUGGUUUGAGUGCAGUUGUUCUAAGAAACAGCUGAAGACCAGCUUCAUCACUUGAAUGUCAUUAGUGACCAAAAAAUGUGCGAUAAAGAUCUGUCCCAGCAGAAGAUUUAAAUAUAUAUUGUAAUUGUAAAAUAUUAUAUAAUAUAGUAAUUAAUUGCUUUUGCUUUUAAUGUUAUACAGUACUGUGCAAAAGUUUUAGGCACUUGGGAAAAAUGUUGCAUAGUGAGGAUGUCUUCAAAAAUAAUGACAUAAAUAAAUAUUUAGUGUGACCACCUUUGCCUUUAAAACAGCACCAAUUCUCCUAGAUACACCUGGACACACUUUUUUUCUUGGUUGUUGGCAGAUAGGAUGUUCCAAGCUUCUUGGAGAAUUUGCCACAGUUCUUCCAUCUAUUUUGGCUGUCUCAACUGCUUCCAUCUCUUCUUGUAAUCUCAGACUGACUCAGUAUUCAGUGGGGGGCUCUGUGGGGACCAUGCCAUCUGUUGCAGGGCUCCCUGUUCUUCUAUUGUAAUCUUUUCUAUUUGCAAAAGUAAUGUUUAGGAGUCUAAAAUGUAUAUUUCCUAUUGACACACUAAAGCUGAAAAUAUAUAUAACCAUCUUAAGACAAAUGCUUUUGUGAAACAUCUUAUGCGCUUAAGACUUUUGCACAGCACUGUAUAUCCAAGGCUUGUUAUUGUUAUUGUUGUUGAUUUGAUGUUGUGCUGUGUAACAAGUAAUGGGACAAAAUGACAAAAAUCCCUCCAGAGGGCUUAUCUUUUGGGCCUAAGGCUAUUGCAUAAUUACUUCUCCCAUGUGCAUUACUACAAUUCAUAUAUAUAUAUAUAUAUAUAUAUAUAUAUAUAUAUAUAUAUAUAUAUAUAUAUAUAUA